AGCGGCCCGAGGAGGCGGGGACGCUGCGACGGCGGCAGAAAGGCCCCGGGGCCCCGGAGCUCCGCGAGCUCAGUGCGCCCUUGGCCGGCUCCGCGCCUCCGCCGCAGCCCGGGAGAGCCCCGGGGACCCCGCGGCCAGCGCUACCCCGCCCCGCCCCCGCCGGCUUGGCGGCCGCGGCGCAGGCGUGUGCAGGAGCGGGCAGCGCGGAGCUCCCGGCCGGCCGAGCGUCGCCGCCCGCCCAGCCCUUCUCGCGCCCAAGUCGCCGAGCCCCGCCCGGACGGCCCAGACACCAUGCGGAGGGUAGAACGUCAUGACAUGAAUACCUUAAGCCUGCCCCUGAACAUACGCCGAGGGGGGUCAGACACCAACCUCAACUUUGAUGUCCCGGAUGGCAUCCUGGACUUCCACAAGGUCAAACUCACUGCAGACAGCCUGAAGCAAAAAAUUCUAAAGGUAACAGAGCAGAUAAAAAUUGAGCAAACAUCGCGCGAUGGGAAUGUUGCGGAGUAUCUGAAACUAGUGAACAACGCGGACAAGCAGCAGGCGGGACGUAUCAAGCAAGUCUUUGAGAAGAAGAAUCAGAAAUCAGCUCACUCCAUCGCCCAGCUGCAGAAGAAGUUAGAGCAGUAUCAUCGAAAGCUCAGAGAGAUCGAGCAGAAUGGAGCCUCCAGGAGCUCAAAGGACAUUUCCAAAGACCACCUGAAGGAUAUACAUCGCUCUUUGAAAGAUGCCCACGUGAAAUCUCGAACUGCCCCCCAUUGCAUGGAGAGCAGCAAAUCGGGCAUGCCAGGGGUCUCACUUACUCCACCUGUGUUUGUUUUCAAUAAGUCCAGAGAGUUUGCCAACCUGAUCCGGAAUAAGUUUGGCAGCGCCGACAACAUUGCUCACUUGAAAAAUUCCUUAGAGGAGUUUAGGCCAGAGGCGAGUGCCAGGGCCUACGGGGGCAGCGCUACCAUCGUGAACAAACCCAAGUAUGGCAGUGAUGAUGAAUGUUCGAGUGGCACGUCAGGCUCGGCCGACAGUAACGGAAACCAGUCGUUUGGGGCUGGUGGAGCCAGCACACUGGACAGCCAGGGGAAGCUCGCCGUGAUCCUGGAGGAACUGAGGGAGAUCAAGGAUACCCAAGCUCAGCUGGCUGAGGACAUCGAGGCACUGAAGGUGCAGUUUAAGAGAGAAUAUGGUUUUAUUUCUCAGACCCUGCAAGAGGAAAGAUACAGGUAUGAGCGACUGGAGGACCAGCUGCAUGACCUGACGGACCUACAUCAGCAUGAGACAGCCAACCUGAAGCAGGAGCUGGCCAGCAUUGAGGAGAAGGUGGCCUACCAGGCCUACGAGCGCUCACGGGACAUCCAGGAAGCCUUGGAAUCCUGCCAGACUCGCAUUUCUAAGCUGGAGCUCCACCAGCAAGAGCAGCAAGCUCUGCAGACAGACACCGUGAAUGCUAAAGUUCUCCUGGGGAGGUGCAUCAACGUGAUCCUGGCCUUCAUGACUGUCAUCUUAGUGUGUGUGUCCACCAUCGCGAAGUUCGUCUCACCCAUGAUGAAGAGUCGCUGCCACAUUCUUGGCACCUUCUUUGCCGUGACUCUUCUUGCUAUAUUUUGUAAAAACUGGGACCAUAUCCUGUGUGCCAUAGAAAGGAUGAUAAUACCAAGAUGAAGCCACUGGUUCCUGCCUUCAAGUUCUUUCAAGUUUUAUUUUAAAGAAAACUCUGUGCAUACUACCAAAUUUUACAGUGAAUGAUUGUGCGGACUCGUGUGUAAGAAAAACUAGGGCUGUGUGGUGUAAAUAACUACAAUUCUCUUAACUCGGUAGCAGUUGCCAACUCAGUCCUUGUACUUCGUUAACACGAAUCUGUUUCAGAGCUCUCCUACCUUGCUCACUGCCUUAAUCAGACCGAUUUCCUGCCCACCUGACCAGCCCAGCGUGGUAAACCUCUGUAUAUUGAGACCUUGGCAUAAUUGGUGAUCCAGAAGAAAGAGGUCUCUCUCCUAAGCCACUGUCAGAAUUGAGCUUCACAAUUGCUAAUGGUUGUUUUCUGUGAGUCCUAUAUAAAGCAAGGAUAUGCAUGAUUCAGGGAAUGAAGAAUCACAGGCUUGGGCAGUGUUAAACACUGUGGCCUAUGGUCCCCGUGUGAUCCACCCUGCUUGUCUCCAGGGGACCAUAGGUCCCGUCAUGUACUCAGUGUCCACAGCAGUCAGUCGUGUAUGACCCUGUAACGUGGAAAUCUUAUCACACACCUGUUAUCCAACAAGUCUACCUGAGGGGUUUUGUUACACUUUAAAUGGGAAGGCAUAGGGAUUUAUGAAUGGGGCUUUCACCUUCUCAUACCCAGGCAACCAACACCUGAUUUUGUCUCAACUGGCUAGCAAAUGCCCAGCCUUCAGAGUGUGCAGGAAUGUUUUCAAAUCCUUCAUCAGACUGUGACUUUAACAUUAAUUUGGAAUCCUGUGAGCACUACUCUGAAGGUUUGUGUUUUGGCAAGUCUUUUUUCUUUUUUGAGACAGGGCUCUGCUAAAUAUUGCUCAGGCUGGUUGCAAACUCCUUGCUUCAAGGGAUCCUCCCACCUCAGCCUCCCAAGCAGCCGGGACUGCAGGCACAAGCCACCAUGCCUGGCUGUUUUUUGGCAAAUCUUGAUUGUGAUAAGCCCCCCUGGAGGAUAUGAUUCACUUUAUGUGAUUCAUCUUAUUCACAGGUCUGUGAGGGACUGCAAAGCUUACUCAGGAAAUGAAAACAAAUGAUGGUCAUGUUGCAGUUUUUUCUUUGAAGGACAACCGAACCAUAGCCUCUAAAGUUAAAGUGCACUGAGGUGUCGGAACGCUGAAAGCAUGAGGAAACGAGGACGUAGGGUGUGACUGAAUGGUGGCUAGAUUAGUGGGAGCAAUUCACCUGGAUGAAGAUUGAGAGCAUCGUCUUUGAGAAGUGAAAGGCUAGCAAGAAUAAAAUAAAUUAAGUCCAGUGUUUGAACCAAGGUUGCCACCUGUCUCUUAACAUCUCACUGAACAUAAGUCCUGAGGUAUUAGGACGACCAUACUGCCUCUGAGCUGAAAACAUUCAAAAGUUCACAUCCCUGUUUGGGGGAUACCAUUCACCACCUUCAGCCCAGAUGAUACUUUCCUUUAAAUCUGUGUCUCUGUGUGUAUAACAAAGAGGAAGAUGGAAACAAUGUUCAUGGAAACUGCUGUUGAGCCCCUUGUCCCACCACUCCCGCCAUCUGCUGCAGGCAGGAAGGCAUGUGAGUGUACAUUUUCUUCCAGAAGACAUCAGGUCCCCUGGAUUCAAAUUAAGUGCAAUAUUUUGCAAACAGCUCUUCUUAGGGAAAUCUCCUGAAGGAAAAAAAUGUGACAGGAUGUUCCAUAGUCUGAGAGAAUGGAAUCAUUGAGCAUUUAGUACAAGUCCAGUGUGUGUGAGUGGGACUUAGGCAGCUCAAGCUUGCUUUUUUUUUUAAGCGUACAAUUGAGUGGUUUUAGUAAAUUCACAAACUUGUUCAACCAUCACCACUAUCUAAUUCCAGACUCACGCUUUUUUAAACAAUAAAUGUCAUUUCAUGAAAUCUUUGGUGAUAAAGUAUUUUGGAUUCAGAGAAGAGCUCCCUUACCAGUCCCACCCUGAUCUCAUGGCUGUCUCUCCUUUCAUUGUCAGACUCCCCCUGGUCUACCGCGUUGAUGUGUACACACUGAUCUUUCAAGUCUAGGAGACAGAUAAGGAGGCCAGGUGAAAGGCAGGGAGGCAGAGAGAAUGUUGUGCUUCCUUUAGCUUUUGUAUUUCGAUGGCCAGCAUUAUCCUUUACCUGUGGGCAUCAGACUCAGCGUGGGCUGAGUGCUGAGUGUAACUUACACUCCUAAAUCAAGCUGGGGCCUGGGUGGGCCCCUCUUGGUAUCUGUGAAUCUUUCCAAGCACCACUUCGGACACACCAGGGAUUGAGUGCUGCUGUUAGUUUAGAGAAGGAGAGAUGUCUAACCCUUGAGGUGAAGGGCUCUGGGAGGGUCCAAGAAGACGUAGGCUUCUUUUUCACACCAGCCCACACCAUUCCAGUGCUCAGCCUAGCAAAUGUGCUUUAACGCACACUUCUCAGACCUGUGAUCCGUGUAUCUUCUCCCCAGUGACAGAAGUAGAGAAGAGAAUGAAAAGCAGCACACUCCGUCCCCUCUAGUCUGGAGCUGUUAACAGAAUCUGCUAGAAACUAGCUUUAUUCUAACAUACCGUAGGAUCUAAAUCCUCCUACCUGGAUCAUGAAUUCCUUUGAAAUAAUUCAUAUUUUCAUUGACUCUCACUAAAUGUCAAAUAACCUUGUUUUCACUUGGAUAGGCUCAACCUACCUGGCAUAUUUAUUUCGCAGUCUUGUUGAAAGUUCAUGAAACUUUGUACUUUUUAAUAAGAUGAUACACUCGAAGGAAACUUUUAAUCUCUGCAGUUUAUUCUCUCUUAAGGAAUAAACACUCCCACUGUUUGUUCUCUUCAAUGUGUAAGGAGAUUAAAUGACAUUUUAGAAAUAUUACAAUUAAAAAUAGUGAUGUAGCUGUAACA